AUGCCCCGACUGCUCGCAGGGCUUCCACUAACCAUGCCACAGCCGCCCGCAGCUACCUUGGCGCUGCCCCUGCUACUGCUACUGCUGGUGGUGCGGACGCCGCCCCCGACUGGCGCGCGGCCGUCCCCAGGCCCCGAUUACCUGCGGCGUGGCUGGCUGCGGCUGCUGGCGGAGGGCGAGGGCUGCGCUCCCUGCCGGCCAGAGGAGUGCGCCGCGCCAAGGGGCUGCCUGGCCGGCCGGGUGCGCGACGCGUGCGGUUGCUGCUGGGAAUGCGCCAACCUCGAGGGCCAGCUCUGCGACCUGGACCCCAGCGCCCACUUCUACGGGCGCUGCGGUGAGCAGCUUGAGUGCCAGUUGGACACAGGCGGCGACCUGAGCCGCGGAGAGGUGCCGGAGCCGUUGUGUGCCUGCCGCUCACAGCGCCCGCUCUGCGGUUCCGACGGCCGCACCUACGCGCAGAUCUGCCGCCUGCAGGAAGCCGCCCGAGCUCGGCCCGACGCCAACCUCACUGUUGCGCACCUGGGGCCCUGCGAAUCUGAGCCCCAGAUCGUGUUGCACCCAUAUGACAUUUGGAAUGUGACCGGGCAGGAUGUGAUCUUUGGCUGUGAGGUGUUUGCCUACCCCAUGGCCUCCAUCGAAUGGAGGAAGGAUGGCCUGGACAUUCAGCUGCCAGGGGAUGACCCUCACAUCUCUGUGCAGUUUAGGGGUGGACCCCAGAGGUUUGAGGUGACGGGCUGGCUGCAGAUCCAGUCUGUGCGUCCCAGCGAUGAGGGCACCUACCGCUGCCUGGCCCGCAAUGCUCUGGGCCAGGUUGAGGCCCCGGCUAGCUUGACAGUUCUCACACCGGACCAGCUGAACUCCACAGGCAUCCCCCAGCUGCCAUCCCUGCACCUGGUUCCUGAGGAGGAGGCUGAGAGUGAAGACAGCGAGGAUUACUACUAGGCCGGAGCCCUGGCCCACGGGGGUGGGUGAGUAGGGAUAGUGUUCAUCCCUGCUCUUCAGAACAUCUGUAAAGGGGGAGCAGAGCCCCUUCAUAGAUUGCUUUAAUGCCCUUAGUAGGGGAGAUAUGGCAGUAGUGGUGGGGAGACAUGGCGGGGGCAGGGAGACAAACUUGGAAGAGGGUAAGGAGAGAGGCACAGACUAGGGGAGGUGGGAUGCAAAGGAGCCCAUGCAGGAGAUGCCCUGACCAGGACAGUCUCCAUUGUGGACCAACCAGGCAGAAGGCAACAGCUGCCCACUGGUCCCUAGGCUGGGUAGGGGGUGGUGCAGACACCAGGAUCCUGCCACUUUUUUUGGCAGCCCUCCCUCCAGCCCUGUUCAGCCAGUCUUCCUAACUACCCUUCCCCCACAGCUCCUGCUGUUACUCUCCUAAUCCCCAAUCUUUGCUUAGUCUCAGUUUACCCUUCCUCAAAACUCACCUUCUAGAAAUCUUCCCUCUCUCCUAAGCCACAGGUGCACUUACUAGAUGUAGUCCUCUUUGCUGUUCACCAUCUGCUGUCCAGGAGAGCACAGUGGAUCAUGAUUUAGUUCAGUGCAGUAAGAUGGGCGUUUGGUCAUGUCUAAUUUCUCCUGUCAUUCUGGAAACUCCACAAGACUAGCACUGUAUUUUAUACCACUCUGUGUUGGAUGAUGCCUAGCACAGGACUAGGCACAGUAGGCAUGCAAUAAAGAUUUAUGAACAAACCAAGACACA